UAGGGAGAAUGGGUAACUGUAGUAUGGAACAGGGGUGCUGUAGAGGGGUGGCGGGGAGAGAAAGGGGUAUUGGAAGGGUGCAGGACUUAUAGUAGUUAAAGUGGUCCAUCCACUCAUAGGCUUCAGACUUUCAGAAAUCAAUCUUCAACUGUAGGCUACAUUACACUUUGACUGUGUAGAUCUUUAGGGUGCAGGUAGCCUGGUGGUUAGAGUGUUGGACUAGUAACAAGAAGGUUGCAAGAUCGAAUCCCUGAGCUGACAAGGUAAAAAUCUGUUGUUCUGCCCCUGAACAAGGCAGUUAACCCACUGUUGUCAUUGGUCUCAAUUAAAAAGCCUGUAGGCAAUGCAAGCAUGGGCAGAGAAGCAAUUAAAUUAACUUCCUAAAUACUGUAUGAUAGGCUAUAGUUUAGGUUCCGACAUUCACUGCAAAAAAUAUUGAUAACACAUUUAUCUGCAAAUCAUCCCACUCCUAAAAGUUAUGUAAAAUGUUGCUCAGGUCAAGUAAGUGUCUGGUCUCCUAUUUUAAUUUGCCUUUCAAACUACGUCUACCCUAUUGGCUGAUGUAGCCAAAUAGAGUCCUAAUACCCAUGUCAUAAUACCCAUAAAACCUAGUGGUCAAACAGGGAAAUGGUUUCAAUUAUUUUUCCACCAUUAAUUUUCCCACAGGGGAUUUUAGAAACAGUUCAAAUAAGGGCUGUGUUUUGUGUAGGCUUACCCUGGUGUGACGUUUUGAUAACCAUGUAAAUCUCUCUCAGACAAGGUGACUUUUAUCAAUAUAUAAUUGGCUCUAUUUACUCUCAGAUUCUAAAAAUGCUAAUUAGCAUCAAAGUAAAAUCAUGCAAAAGUACAAAUCCCUGCAAGCUCCUGCACGUCAUCUCUCGCUGACACCUUUGCUAACAGGUAUUAUGACAAUAUAAAACUUUGCACAAAACAGUUCACAGACUUGUGAAUUUAAAGACAUUUUGGUAAUUUAUUCAUUACUACAUUUAGUUAACAUUAGAAAGUUAAUGCAGAGAUUCUUAUUUUUGCCUCGAUUCAGGAGUCCUCUGUCAGAGUCUAGGUGAUGUGGGUAAUGCGGAGUCAGGCGCAGGACACAGAGAUGAGUAAUAGUAGUAACUUUACUCAAAAAUAAUCUUCCAACAAGGAGAACGAAAAUCCAGAAUCACAUAAACGAGACAACUGACAACAUUAAACACGCACAAAACCAUGAUGGCUCCAGAGGGUUAAAUAGGGAAAUAAUUAAAACGUAAUGGGAACCAGGUGUGUACAAUACAGACAAAACAAAUGGAAAAAGAAAUGUACAUCGGUGGAGGCUAGAAAGCCGUUGACGUCGACCGCCGAACGCUGCCCGAACAAUGAGAGGCACCAACUUUGGCGGAAUGGAGGAUUGGUUGAUUUCUAGUUUUUAAGUAUACGUUUUUUCAAGAUGAUUGACGUUCAACCCAUCGGGUAUCUCGCUUCACCCAUAUGUCAUGUCUUGAAAUAUGCAGACAGACAGAUUAAAGGUCAAUUUACACUUUCUAACUCCGCCCAUAACUUUUGGACUUUAUAGCAUUCCCAGAAGGCCUGGAUUAUUGAGUCAUUGUCAGUUUUACACAUAAGACAUGACUGCGGUUGUGCUGUCGAAUUUGUGAAUUUUGUAGAGUAAAUUCUAUACAUUAGUUUAAACUGGAUUAAGUGUACAUUUUCAUUUCCUGUAAUUUACCUAUCAUAUGAAUAUCCUUUUCUGACUCAAAUAGCAUUCUCUCAAGAUUGCUCUGAUGUCCCAAAAUAUUUCAAAUACAGAUUUCGUGAUAUGAAACUUUUAAAUUAAUUUGAAAAUAGCUACAUUAGCCGGUCCAAAAUGUAUUUUGAAUUCUGUCAUGGAACUUUUUACAUUUCCUAUUACCAAGUCAUUUACCUUUAGUUUUCCAUGUGAACCAAUUUAUCAGUGAAUUCUGAAAAGCUAUUGAAGGAUUGUUCCAUAGAGUUGUGUUUUUAGGGAGUGAUAUUGUUUCUUGUACAAUUAUUUUCUUCCAUAUUGUUAUAAUGUUCUUAACUAUGAAGUUGUUAAUGUUCUUAGAUUUAUCCUUUGAAAAUUGACACGUGAAAAGGUUUUGGGGAUAAGUAUGGCCAUCUUCAAUAUGUACCCAUUGUUCCUCUUUAGUUUAUUUAACUAUAUGUCGCAGGUAAAAGUCCUGGGUGGCGACUUGAUACAAUUUCAAGUCUGGAAGGUGAGAAUCUCUGGAAGUUUAACCUGUGAAACUCUGAGCUGUUGUUUUGGAGCUUAAGUGGUACCCACUCUGUCAAUUGUCAGAAAACUCUGUCAAUCUGUCAGAAAAUACAAAGUAAUACAAAAUACAAAGUACAUAUAAUUCUAAAGCGACAGCACUUGUCUUUUUGCUGGGGAAGUCAUAAGAAUGCCCCCCACCUACAGUCAUAUUUAUAGAGUAUGCAAUGUAGGGCAAGUCACAGAAAGUGCAAAAAUGUUAUAUGCAGGGUCAUCAUACUGUAUUUCUUUUCCAUCAACAUUUAAUGUUACAUUUACAAUACACUCUCAUCCAGAGAAGCUUACAGGAGCAAGUGCAUUGCUCAAGGGCACAUCAACAUAUUUUUCACCUAGUUGUCUCUGAGAUUCAAACCAGUGACCUUUUGAUUCGUGGCCCAACGCUCUUAACCGCUAGGCUACCAGCCGCCCUGAUAUUAUCUUGAAUGCAUCCUCCAUAUGUGCCGCUGAUCUAUCUCACUCAUUUCAAAUGGGGGAAAAUACGUUUUAGAACAUGAAAGGCCUAAUCGCUCGGGUCAUUUUAUGAUGUCAGGCUUGAGAAUCCGUUCAGACAUUUUCGCACAGUGAGGUACUACCCAAACCAGAUCAAACCAGACACUUUUGGUUUCAAGUGGCCAAGUCACGUCAUGGACUAACUGGGAAUCAGACAUGAGAUCUAAUUGCAUCAGUGAAAAGGUUACGACUUCAGCUUUCUCCUCGUAUGUACAUCAUUCCUGUAAAACGAAAAAUGAAGGCAUGACACGUUGCACAAUACAUAUUUGAUUUCAAACCUAGACUUUCAUAUCUCUUAUUCCUCGAGAUGGGGACAAUUUGUGUUUGUAGGACUUAUAGUAUGAAAUCUAAAUAUAUCUAAUGAAGGUAGUUCAGAAUAUACAGUAUGUGUCGCUUAGAGAAUUCUAAAGAGUUUAACAGGUUAACCUAUUUCUUAAGCUAUUUUUGCAUAUUUUGAUCUUGCCUAUGGUGGCAAAAUUGCUAAGACCCGGGGCAGCAAAGCGAGCUGUGUCACAUAUACCUACAAUAAUAUUGCGGGACUGCGGUCGGGUUCGAGACCAGUUCUUGCGGUCGGGUUCGAGACUAGUUCUUGCGGUCGGGUUCGAGACCAGUUCUUGCGGUCGGGUCGAGACCAGUUCUUGCGGCCGGGUUCGAGACCAGUUCUUGCAGCCAGGUUUGGGACCAGUUAUUGCGGCCGGGUUCGGGACCAAUUCUUGCGGUGGGUUCAAGACCAGUUCUUGCGGCCGGGUUCGGGACCAAUUCUUGCGGUGGGUUCAAGACCAGUUCUUGCGGCCGGGUUCGGGGCCAAUUCUUGCGGUGGGUUCAAGACCAGUUCUUGCGGCCGGGUUUGGGACCAGUUCUUGCGGUGGGUUGGAGACCAGUUCUUGCGGUGGAUUGGAGAUCAGUUCUUGCGGUGGGUUGGAGACCAGUUCUUGCGGUGGGUUAGACCAGUUAUUGCGGUGGGUUGGAGACCAGUACUUGCGGUGGUUUGGAGACCAGUUAUUGCGGUGGGUUGGAGACCAGUUCUUGCGGUGGGUUGGAGACCAGUUCUUGCGGUGGGUUAGACCAGGUCUUGUGGUGGGUUGGAGACCAGUUCUUGCGGUGGGUUGGAGACCAGUUCUUGCGGUGGGUUAGACCAGUUAUUGCGGUGGGUUGGAGACCAGUUCUUGCAGGUGGGUUGGAGACCAUUUCUUGCGGUGGGUUGGAGACCAGUUCUUGGAGUGGAUUAGACCAGUUAUUGCGGGAGCAGGUGGGAGUCGGACAAGAAGUCAACAGGAGCAGGCGGGCGCUGUAUUAAAAUCAGUGGGAGCGGGCUGGAGCAGGAUGAAGAAAUCAGUCCCGUGCAGACCUUUAGUCCAACACAGAUGAGCAUUGCAGAUUAUCUGACUGGCAUUUUUGGGCUGUUGUUAUCAGAAGGUUUUGCCAAAUAGAUCUGGUAAGAUCCAAGGAAAAAUGUAAUUGAAUAAAACUUCCAAGUAAAGUAUGGUGUAGAGGACUAUCCAAAUUACUGACCACGUGUUCUGCAGGCUGCAACCCUUUCUUAAGUGUGUUAUUGUAAUGUUUUACACAUUCGAAAGUCUAUCAGUCUGUCACACAAUGUUUUGCAAAUUAGUUGCUGUAUGUGAGGCAUGCUGUGGGAGAGUUUUGGUGAGGCAUUUUGUGUGGCAGAUAAGUGCUGGGGUGCACUGUCUGUGUUCAUCCAAAUAAAUCAGUGUCCUAGACUGUUUAAUCUAGUCAACAAACUCCUUGCGAGUUUCGGUGGUCUUACAGGCUCGUUACAGUAUGUUACCAGAUGGUGGUUGAAAGGUGUGGUGAUUCAUAUUAAAGGUGACUGGAGAGCCAACCUGACCUGUUUAGAACACGCACAGUCGGUCUCUCUCUCUCUCUCUCUCUCUCUCUCUCUCUCUCUCUCUCUCUCUCUCUCUCUCUCUCUCUCUCUCUCUCUCUCUCUCUCUCUCUCUCUCUCUCUCUCUCUCUCUCUCUCUCUCUCUCUCUCUCUCUCUCUCUCUCUCUCUCUCUCUCUCUCUCUAAAUUAGAACAGUCGUCUGUUAAACACUGCCACAUCUUAGUUGUGCUUACUAUGAUGUCCUUUUAAUUCAGUGGUUUAUCCUCACGAGAGAUGUCCGUGUGUGUUUGUUUGGGGUUGGUAUGCUGCCUGUUGCUAGCGGUUGUUAUGAAUACACUGAUAAGCUGUUGUCGUAGUAUCUGAGCUACACCACACACACACACAGGGAGCCUGCCUGAGUUUGUUCCCUUGUCCUGGUAUGACCUCCGCCUUGCCGACACCACAUGGUCAUCUUUAGAGAGGAGAGAGAGAAGAGGGAGUUCUCUCUGAGAAGAGGCUGAGAAAGAGUGGGGAAAGGAAGAGAAGUUGCUGGGAGAGAGUGAAAGAGAGGCUAGAGGAUAGAAAAGGGGAGGAUCUGGGAGAGAUAUAUAUAGAAAUUACAGAGGGAACGAGAGAGAGAGAAAGGGAGGGAGAGUGAGAGAAGAGCUGGGUGUCUACUUGUCAGAGUCAGGGGUGUGUUUCUUCUCCACCCCAAACACACACAACUCCUGCCACUACUUCUGUAUGCCAGGGAGUAGAGAGUUACUGGAGCAGAACCACUGUGGGCUGGUGCUACACUCAUGCAGCAGUAGUCAACCACCUGACUGUGUUUUGGUGUUUCACAAUACUGGGUUGUGUUCAUUAGGGUACGAAACGGAAAAUGUCUGAAAACAUUUUGCAACAGAAAACGUACAUUUGGGUUUAUUGUAAAAGUGCAGGUAGUCCGUCCUUGUUUCAGUCCAUUUUCUUCCGUUUCGUGUCUAAUGAACACAAGCCUGGAAAGUGUGGCAUGGCUUAGGGCUAAUUCUGUCAUGGUUUGUGUACAUUGAGUUAGUUGGAGAAAUCACAGCUUAGGGAAAUCACAGCCCCAAAUCACAGUUUAGGGAAAUCAUAGCCCCAAAUCACAGCUUAGAUAAUAAAAAUACUCUGCAACUCUUGUCUUGUUAUAAAACUGAUACUUUUAAUAUAUAUAUUUUUUAAAGAUUGACGUUUGCUCACAGCGUUAUGACACAGAGUUCAUAAAAAGCUAGCGUAACGUGACUAUAGAGGCUAGGACAAGUGUUUGUAGUUUGAACUCUGAGGUGACUUGGAGGAAUCAUUGGAGCUAUGACUGAUGCCAGACAGACAGGAGUGUGUGCUUUGCAUUACAGUGCAUUACAGUACAUUAAGAUGCUAAAUAAUUAAACCAGUGAUUUGAAUUCAGUCAUAUGUUCUUGUUGUCUCUCAUGCAAUAUCAUAUCAGAGUAAUUGUAUUUUCUGUCUAACUCUGACCCUGUCUACUUCUGUAUGAAUAGAAUACAAUAGAAAACAAUAUAAUACAUGUGUUAGGCCUAAUUUUGUUAAUCAACUUUUACAUAAUGUUGAAUACGCCAUUAAUAAACAUUUUUAAAUAACAUGUUGUUUCCCACACCCAGUUUGUGAGUGGCAUUUAAAGGUUCAAUAUCUCAGACAGACACAGCUCAGUGGACACAUCUAUCUCUUCUUCCUCAGCUCAGCUCCAGUCUGGUGCGUCUACAUUGUCCAGUCCACAGUUUGUGUGUGUCCCCCGUUCGUAGGGGCUAGAGUAAAAGCCCACAUAGGAGCUCCUUUGUUUAGGAGGGACUAGGCAUGGGAGAUCAUUUACAAGCCGCUGACGCCCUCACCCCAUUGGCUGGCGGGGCUCAGUCUGUGUCUGCGAGAGGCAUGCCGUGUGUGCGUGUGUGUGUGUUUACGUGAGUGUGUGUGUAUGUCUGUGUUCGUGUCUGCGGCAACAGCAGUUCUCUACACAGUGUCUCACAGGCAGACAGGCAGGCAGCCUCUCUCUGCUCUGGCGAUGGUAGUGGAGAGCUCAGCUCGCCCUCCUCUCAGAGACGGCUGUUAUAGUAUAGUAUAGCUGCUAUUCUACUAUCUAGAGCUGAGGGGAGCAAAGCAAAGCAAGAUGGCUACCGGUACCUUGUAGGAAUAUAAUGCUACCCAAACUGGAGGUUCUGCCUCUGAGGACAGACAAGGUGGCGUACAAGGACGUGGCCAAAGGAGCGUUAAAGAAACCCGUUUCCACGGUGGUUCCAGAGGGCGUCGCAAUAAAUGGCAGAAGCCCUGUCCAGAUGGUAAAGGAAACCUAUACGGCAGAGGAGGAGUGUCACAUACCUCCCACACACCCCCAGACACACCCUCACACACACCCUCCCCACACCCACACUCUCACCCCAAUCCUAGAUGGCCGACCAGCAGUACUUAUCAAGAGAGAGCCUGGCCUGGAGGACACCAACGAUGCACUUCUUCUACAACACCACUACUCUUCAUCUUUUCACAAUGGUGCUGACGAAAACCUGUCUAAAACCAACGGUGCUCCAGUGUCACCAGGUUCCCAAAAGACUAUAAGACAAUUAGAGUCCCAAAGGACUACAAAAACCACAUACCCCAAAGGCAGCUCUGAGCCCAAUGAUGCACUUCCGGAUGACACCAUGACCGUUCCUCUGAAGAAGAUAAAGUUGGAGGAGUCGUGGGUGUGGUCUACGGAGCAGUCCUCCACCCUACUAGGGGGCAAUGAUAACGAUGUCUAUGUGGACGCUCUGUCCACACUAGCAGCAGUUGUGUGUUUCUCUAUCACAGAUAGGAAGGGGCUGGAGGACAAGCUGUUUAGCUCCCGUUCCCCGGUGCUACACUCGUUAAAAACAGAGCCGGAGGACUUUAAGGUAGACCUACUCCUGAGAAGCACUCCCAUCAGUCCACGGAAAGCUCUUGACAUUAUUGUCAAACGAGAGCAACCCUCUCCAGAUCUCUCUCUGCCAAGCAUCCAGUCGUUGGUGCAAGAGAGGAAUAUUAGCAAUGACCAAGCUAUUGCUAUCGAGGCGCUAACCUUACUGGCAUCUAUCCCCCAAAACCCCCCAGAACCCUUUAGAAUGGACGCACAUGGUCAAAACCCCAUUACAUCUUCCAUGCACUUAUCCAGUAGAAACACCUCUCUCCAGGAUGUCAAACCCCCUACAGGUUUCCUCCCCAACAAAGUUCUAGUCAUCAGCUCCCCUCUGCACCAGACCUCAGUCAUACGCUCCCCUCUGCACCAGACCUCAGUCAUCAGGUCCCCGGUGGCCAGACAGAGUCUUGUCAUCCAGUGUCAUUCCCGUAGUCCCGCAGCCACUGGCAAGCUGUCCCUUCAGGACCUGCUAGAAGCCAGCUCGGACUGUGGCAGACUUCCCUACGACAGCACCGAGAGAGCAGGACAACACCUGUACAGAAGAGCAGACCAAGACCUUGGUUCUCACCAUAACAGGUCCGAAGGCACUUUCAGAAAGCGGAAAGACAUGGAGAGGAAUAGUAAGGAAACAACAGAGAGGAUGGUGGGUAAGAGCGGGAGGAACAGGGAUGAGGAAGAGGUGGCGGCUCAACUGGCCGAGUUGGCAUUCAUCAUCCAAUCACGUCACAAGCAGCAGGGUUUCCAACCCUCCCAGCACUCUGAGAACAACCCUCCCAGAGGAACGCCAGUCUCGGCCAUCAAGUACAACUACAAUUCCCAGCAUGCACCACCCAACAACAAGAAAAUCCCUGUGAGGAAACCAAGUUCCACACCUUCCAAACCUAGGAAGAAGAAGGGGAUGGAAGGGGUUGAAGAGGAGGGCUACAACCCCAACAACAAGAUCCCCAUGUCCAAAAGGACACCGAAUGGCAAGACCCCCCACAGAGCCAGGGUCCAGAAGGUUCUGCCCCAGCCGAAGACAUUGUCGCUCAGCCACAAGAGGAGCCUGUUCCUGCCUCAGACUCAAAUGGAUCUAAAGAGAUACCUGGCUGAGGCUCAGGAGGAACAACGGCAGCUCUUUUACUACAGCAACAGCCACAGUGGGGUCAAAUACCACAAAACCUCUGGAGCCGUCAAUCGUGGUCAAGGUUAUGGUCAUGACAACCAACAGUGGUCGCAUUUGAACGGUCACCACAGUGGUCCUCUGAACGGUCACCUGGACCCUUUACAAGGACAAGGAGUUGGACAGGGACAUGAGUGUGAAAGACGAUUGUAUUCUCAGGUAUCGCAGCCCUACGUUUGGCAGCAGCACGGUGCUAACCUAAAGGCUAGCUCCACCAACCCCAGUUUCACCAGUUUAGACUCUAACAACCACAGAACUGGGUUGAACCAUAGUUUACCCAACGGCUACUCCUCUGGGGGUCAACGGCAGGGGUAUUACAAGGUGGAGAGGUCUGGUCCGGUCACCAUCUUGUCCACGUCAACUGAUGGCGCUUCGGACCUAUCAGAGGUGUUGACGCCAACCAAACACAACGUAAACAGCUUCCUGGAAUCACCCCUCAUAUUCCUGGACACGCCCACUAAGAACCUGCUCAACACCCCCUCUAAGAAACUCUCUGAGAUCCCCUCCUGUGGCUGCAUGGAGCAAAUCAUAGAGAAGGAGGAGGGUCCGUACUACACUCAUCUUGGUGCUGGACCCAGUGUGUCAGCCGUCAGAGAGAUGAUGGAGAACAGGUAUGGAGAGAAAGGGAAGGCAGUAAGGCUGGAGGUGGUGGUGUACACUGGGAAAGAAGGACGCAGUUCCCAGGGUUGUCCCAUCGCCAAGUGGGUGAUCCGUCGGGGCAGUGAGGAGGAGAAGCUGCUGUGUCUGGUGAGACACCGGGCAGGGCACCGCUGUGAGAGUGCCGUGGUGGUGAUCCUCAUCCUGGCAUGGGAGGGCAUCCCCCGGGGCAUGGCAGACAGUCUGUAUCAAGAACUCACUCAGACCCUCUGUAAAUACGGCUCCCCCACCAGUCGACGCUGCGCCCUCAACGAGGAUCGGACGUGUGCGUGCCAGGGUUUAGACCCAGACACUUGUGGCGCCUCGUUCUCCUUCGGCUGCUCCUGGAGUAUGUACUUCAACGGCUGCAAGUUCGCCCGCAGCAAGAUCCCCCGAAAGUACCGCCUGCUGGGAGAUAUGCCACAGGAGGAGGAGAAGCUGGAGAAUCGGCUGCAGAACCUGGCUACAGACCUGGGUCCUGUCUACCAGAGACUGGCCCCGGAGGCUUUCCAAAACCAGGUGGAUCAGGAGCAGGCGGGCCAGGACUGCAGGCUGGGUCGGAGGGCGGGCCGACCUUUCUCCGGGGUCACGGCGUGUGUGGAUUUCUGUGCCCAUGCUCACAAAGACACACACAACAUGAACAAUGGCAGCACUGUGGUUUGCACUUUAACCAAGGAGGACAACCGUGCGGUGCGUAACGUCCCUGAGGACGAACAGCUCCACGUCCUGCCCCUUUAUAAGAUCUCACAGAGGGAUGAGUUUGGCAGUGCCAAUGGCCAGUGGGCCAAGAUCCAGACUGGGGCCCUGCAGGUGCUCUCAGCCUUCCCCAGAGAGGUGCGUCUGCUGGCUGAGCCGGUGAAAUCAGCCCGUAAGAGGAAGCAGGAGGCCAAGCUGAAGGCCCAGGCUGACAAACAAGCUGCAGCUCAGGACAGGAAGCCUGGACAGAGUCCACUAACCCCGGGCAAGGUCAAGACUGCCAACAAAGGUUUGAAAAGUGCUUCUUCAGCAGAUCAGUCCCCCUUGUUCAAAAGAGAGCCUCAGUCCUUCAGCUCUUACAGACCAGGAAAUGUGGGUGCGUAUGUACCAGACUCUAACUCCCCUAGCGCUUACAACCACAGCACCCCCACCUACCCCACUCCUCCUGGAAGAUCAACACCAGGGAUGGAGUCUCUUUCCCCCCAUCGCCCCGGCCUGCCUGCCCCCCAGUACAGAGGGCCACCAGGGACCCAGAGCAAUGGUUCCCCGUUCCAUUACAAGACAAUGGAAGAGGCUGUGGCUGUGAAUGGUUACUCCCCAGGACUCAGCAGAAAGCAGCUGGUGGACCCUGACACAUGUCGGACCCCCCCAGGAAUGCCCCGGGGUGGCGACUACUCCCCCAGGAUUUUUAAAACGGAGCCGAACAAGGUGCACUGCUCCCCUCUCCUCAGACCCCCUCACAGCCACAGCACUCCUCCUCCCUCCUCCUCCACCCACACCCACGAGGGCCUCCACAGCAGACUCAAUGGGCUCCUCAGGGCGAAGGCGGAGCUGGGAGUCAAGGACGGGGUUAGAGGUCAUGUAGGUCAUGUUAUUCCUCACAGUGCCCCCCAUCCUCCUCAUCAGGCCCCUUCCCCUCUCUUCCCCAACCCAAAAGAGGUCAAACAGGAACAGGAAGAGGUGUGGUCGGACAGCGAGCACAACUUCCUGGACAGUGAUAUCGGCGGGGUGGCAGUGGCUCCCUCCCACGGUUCCAUCCUGAUCGAAUGCGCCCGCCGAGAGCUCCAUGCCACCACACCCAUCCUCCGGCCCGACCGCAGCCACCCCACCCGCAUCUCCCUGGUCUUCUACCAGCACAAGUCCCUCAAUGAGCCCGACCACGGCCUGCACAUGUGGGAGGCCAAGAAGGCCCGGAGGGAGCGGGAGAGAGAGGAGGAGGCUGAGAGGCUGGGGAUGGGCCUAGACCUGGAAGAGGUUAGCCCGGUCAAGGGGAAGAGGGGGAAUGGGGCCGGCAGUGAGAGUGUGGAGCCUGAGGAGGAGGUAGAGGAGGAGGACCCGGAGGAGAAGAAGGGUGUGUUGACAGUUCCUACCCGGAAGUCGGUGACUGUCCCGCGGGAUGGGGUGGUCACUGUUUCCCCUUAUGCUCUGACACAGGUCACGGGCCCUUACAACCGCUGGACAUGAGAUGAUACUGUUAUGUACACACACAGACACAUACAACAAAUACAUUUGAACACACACCACCCUGUGCUACUGCCUUACCUCAAUCAACAUUACACUUCUAGUCUCGUUAUGUGUUAUUUCAUUGUGUUACUUUUUCUAAUGUAUGUCUGUUUAUUUUUAUUUCUCUUUGUCUCUGCUUUCAAAGUGAUGAGGAAGACUAUAAUUUGUGGGGUUUUAACUGUGAGUUUUGGUAUUUGAUGAUAAAACAUUUUGAUCUGGUUUUUCAUGUAAAGAGAUGGUGCUCAGAACCAAUUUUUUUAACUGGUUUUAUAUAGGAAUUGAUUAAGAAGAACAAACAAGAUGUGAUUAUUUAUUCUGAUUAUUUUUGUACUUUUUUUGGUGCAAGGCUAUUUACUGCAAUUUUACUGUCAACCAGCAUUUUACACUAGUAAACACUCAUGUUAAGUCUCUGAGGUCUUUGUUUCAACCAACCAAGAGACUCUUUUCACAAGAUGAGUUUUAUCAAUGAUUGAUUUAUACAAUGGUGCCAUUUGUAGCAGCAACUUUUGAUAAACAGACCACAUAUUACACAGUAUGUAGUUUUAUGUGAAAAUAAUGAACACAUGUAGCAUGGUGCUUUUCCUUCCCUUCCCUGUUCCUCUAUUAGUGGUCAUGAAGGAACAGUACUUCCCCAUUCCUCUAUUAGUGGUCAUGAAGGAACAGUACUUCCCCAUUCCUCUAUUAGUGGUCAUGAAGGAACAGUACUUCCCCAUUCCUCUAUUAGUGGUCAUGAAGGAACAGUACUUCCCCAUUCCUCUAUUAGUGGUCAUGAAGGAACAGUACUUCCCCAUUCCUCUAUUAGUGGUCAUGAAGGAACAGUACUUCCCCAUUCCUCUAGUAGUGGUCAUGAAGGAACAGUACUUCCCCAUUCCUCUAUUAGUGGUCAUGAAGGAACAGUACUUCCCCAUUCCUCUAUUAGUGGUCAUGAAGGAACAGUACUUCCCCAUUCCUCUAUUAGUGGUCAUGAAGGAACAGUACUUCCCCAUUCCUCUGUUAGUGGUCAUGAAGGAACAGUACUUCCCCAUUCCUCUAUUAGUGGUCAUGAAGGAACAGUACUUCCCCAUUCCUCUGUUAGUGGUCAUGAAGGAACAGUACUUCCCCAUUCCUCUAUUAGUGGUCAUGAAGGAACAGUACUUCCCAAUUCCUCUAUUAGUGGUCAUGAAGGAACAGUACUUCCCCAUUCCUCUAUUAGUGGUCAUGAAGGAACAGUACUUCCCCAUUCCUCUAUUAGUGGUCAUGAAGGAACUGUACUUCCCCAUUCCUCUAUUAGUGGUCAUGAAGGAACUGUACUUCCCCAUUCCUCUAUUAGUGGUCAUGAAGGAACAGUACUUCCCCAUUCCUCUAUUAGUGGUCAUGAAGGAACAGUACUUCCCCGUUCCUCUAUUAGUGGUCAUGAAGGAACAGUACUUCCCCAUUCCUCUAUUAGUGGUCAUGAAGGAACAGUACUUCCCCAUUCCUCUAUUAGUGGUCAUGAAGGAACUGUACUUCCCCAUUCCUCUAUUCAUGGUCAUGAAGGAACAGUACUUCCCCAUUCCUCUAUUAGUGGUCAUGAAGGAACUGUACUUCCCCAUUCCUCUAUUAGUGGUCAUGAAGGAACUGUACUUCCCCAUUCCUCUAUUAGUGGUCAUGAAGGAACAGUACUUCCCCAUUCCUCUAUUAGUGGUCAUGAAGGAACAGUACUUCCCCGUUCCUCUAUUAGUGGUCAUGAAGGAACAGUACUUCCCUGUUCCUCUAUUAGUGGUCAUGAAGGAACUGUACUUCCCCAUUCCUCUAUUAGUGGUCAUGAAGGAACAGUACUUCCCCAUUCCUCUAUUAGUGGUCAUGAAGGAACUGUACUUCCCCAUUCCUCUAUUAGUGGUCAUGAAGGAACAGUACUUCCCUGUUCCUCUAUUAGUGGUCAUGAAGGAACAGUACUUCCCCAUUCCUCUAUUAGUGGUCAUGAAGGAACAGUACUUCCCCAUUCCUCUAUUAGUGAUCAUGAAGGAACAGUACUUCCCUGUUCCUCUAUUAGUGGUCAUGAAGGAACAGUACUUCCCCAUUCCUCUAUUAGUGGUCAUGAAGGAACAGUACUUCCCCAUUCCUCUAUUAGUGGUCAUGAAGGAACAGUACUUCCCUGUUCCUCUAUUAGUGGUCAUGAAGGAACAGUACUUCCCCAUUCCUCUAUUAGUGGUCAUGAAGGAACAGUACUUCCCCAUUCCUCUAUUAGUGGUCAUGAAGGAACAGUAAUACCUUCGUUUUUGUUUUUGUCUGGAUAGAUUUAGUCUUUUUUUUCAGUGUACAUGUAUGAUGACAUAUUGAAAAAGCACUUUUUUAUUUUUCAUAACUUGAAAAAGGUCCUGUUCCAAUAUGUAUAGAUUGAGAGAUAUAUCAGACAGCUCGUGUGAAACCUCUUCUCCUCUUUAUUCAGUAGUUCUGUGUGUAUUUGUUGUUGUUUUUCGUUGUUGUAGAAUGAUAAAUUACAUAUCAGUCUCACACAAAACCAAGCUUACUAAGCAAUUAUGAAAUGCUGCAUAUAAAGAUUGUGUCAGAUUACGGUGCUUAUUAUUGUCAACCGCACUUGAUUUAUAUGAAUCUGGAUAAUCAUGUUUGUUCACUGUCUGGACUGAGUGUUUUAAAUAGGACAUGUUUUUAUACAGACAUAGCUAAAAAGACCACAUAAAACCUGUUGAAAUGGUGACUAUAUUACUGUAUAUUUGUUACUGGUGCUAACAAGAUCUGUACCCUCUUUUUAACUGACUCGGGCAUUGAUGGACAGUUAUGUUUUUCCAUAUGCUGGGUAUAAAUACAUUAUACAAGUGGAUACCAAACCAAUCAAACCCCUUUGUUGUUUCUCAUUGCCUCCUCUUCAAUUUUUGGGAGACGCUGCUGACAAAAUAACACACUCCUCAGAUCGUUGCAUCUCCUCAGAUCGUUGCAUCGUCAUAAAUUGUAGGCUUAUCACGUAUUGAGUCAGACUGUAGACCUCUACAGAUUAUAAACCUUCUUCUGAUAGGGGCAACCAUUUUGAGUAUUAAUUCAUGCUCAUAUUAGUCAAUCAUAACCAUGUAAUAAUAGGCCCAUUCACUAAUACUCAGUGCUUUGCUGGGGUAGGAGCGAACCGGAGCUGAAUACUGCCACCUCAAAUGUUAUACAGCUUGAGCUCCUGUUCCUCUUAUAGACUAUUAGCUCAAAAGUAUUGUGGAGCUCCUACAGAAUACAUAUCAACAGUACCGGCACCCAAAAGGGGUACCGACACCUAGUGCAGUCCAAGUCAUGCACUGCUACUAAUGUAAUCGAUUAGGCAUCUGUUGCAUUGAUCUGUCUUAACAUGUGCUGAAUAUAAAUCAGCUCAACGCAGAUAAAGAUUUCACUGGUGCUUUCAUUUUACUAAUACACAGAGCUGGAAAUGUUUGAUUGUUUGGUUUUUGUCAUCUUAUUUUUCUGAUGUUUUUCUCUUUGUUUCUCAGGUGGGAGUGAGGUUGUUAAUUUACCCAGGCUUCAACCCAACUAGGGCAUUACCCAGGUUUCAACCCAACUAGGGCAUUACCCAGGCUUCAACCCAACUAGGGCAUUACCCAGGUUUCAACCCAACUAGGGCAUUACCCAGGCUUCAACCCAACUAGGGCAUUACCCAGGUUUCAACCCAACUAGGGCAUUACCCAGGCUUCAACCCAACUAGGGCAUUACCCAGGUUUCAACCCAACUAGGGCAUUACCCAGGCUUCAACCCAACUAGGGCAUUACCCAGGUUUCAACCCAACUAGGGCAUUACCCAGGUUUCAACCCAACUAGGGCAUUACCCAGGCUUCAACCCAACUAGGGCGGACACAGUCUCCUAAAAAACGCUGUCUUCCAAUAGUGUCUUUAACAGAUUCACAAAGUCAAACCAUAUACUUAGACCUUUUCUCUGAGAUAAGUAUGUUGACACAUAGAUUGAAUACAUUUUAUACAAGUAGAAAGGUAUAUACAGUACAUAUAUAGUCUAUUGCAUUAUAUUGAAUGUAGGCCAUUGCAAGUUACUGAUGUGGUAGAAAACAGUCACUUUAAAAUAUUUACACCUUUACAUAAGACAGUUUGUAAGAAAAAAUAUGAUCUUGUAAACUUUUGUAAUUGCUUCACUUGAAGAUUUCUCGGAUCUUCCUUUAUGUGUGACUUGAAAAAUGUAACUUACAUCAAGAAGGAAAAACUAGCACCAGCAUUUAAAACUCAAGGUUUUUAUUGGAAUAAAACUAUAUAAAUACACAUCAUGUGAAACGGACUGUUUUUACUGUACUAUUCAUGGUUUGUAGAUAACGAGCCGUCUUGCUAUUUUGAAACUGAUCUCCAAAAUGACUGUAUUUAACUGUGUAUAUCAAUUUGACAGACUUUUAAAAAAAUACUAAAUUCAGCAUUCCUAUCAAAGGCUGCCGUCUGGUGAUUUUGAAAUAAAGAUGUAUUUAUAUUUUGGA